CGGCGCUGUGGAGGCGGCGAAGGGAUUGGGAGGGAGCCCAACCUGCCCGGCGGAGGUCAGUCCUCGGCAGCGGAGAUGGGCAGCCGCUCUCCUCUUCCUCUUCCUCCUCCAUCCUAGAAGCCUUUGGCCAAAAUGCUCGGGGUUUCCCAACAGCAGCACCGGGCGCCUGGCCUCCUCGGGGCUGCGGCAGGGAAAGGAGCCAGGGAAGGGCCGCCUUCUUCGCCGCCGCCGCCGCCGCCUCUUCUGCUCUGGCUGCCCAUCACUUGAGCCAGCGGAGGUCGGUGCUGGGGGUCCCUCUCUGCUGGAAGCCAGGCGACGCCCAGGAGAGAGAUGGUGGACCCGGUGGCGGAGGAGGAGGCGGGCGCGGAGAAGGGCGGGGCCGCCGCCGCCGCCGGGAGCGCAGCAGGUGGAGGAGGAGGAGGAGGAAGCGGAGGCGAGGCGGCGGCAGCAGCGGAUGGGGAGGCGGCGGCUCCUUCUUCGGCCGCGGAUGCCGCGAGCCCCUCGCUCCCUUCCACCCCGGUGGCGGCGGCGGCAGCAGCAGGAGCAGCUCCCCCGGGGCCCGCCGCGUCGCCCGCUCCCUCUUCUCCGGCGGUGGCAGGGGAGGCGUCGCCGCUGCUUCACCUGGACCUCUUCAACUUCGACUGCUCGGAGGCAGAGGGCAGCCGCUACGUGCUGACCAGCCCCCGCUCGCUGGAGGCCUGCGCCCGCUGCGCCGUGAAGCCCGUGGAGCUGCUCCCGCGCCCGCUGGCCGAGUUGGUCAAAGAGGCGCCCGGGCGCUCGCUGCGAGUGGCGGCCGGACUCUACGAGGUCUAUGAGGUGGAGAGGCAGCGCAAGCUGCUCCAGUGCCGCGAGGAGCGGGAGAAGAUCAUCCGCGAGGAGAAGCGGCGCCUCUUCGCGCCCCUCCUGGGCUCCAGCGGCACCAGCCUCCCGGCCUCCCCGGCCUCCGCCUCCAGGAUGGCCUUCCGGGGCUCCUCCGCCACCCUUGGCCUCAAUGGCACCUGCAGCCCCAAGGGCCACCCGCAAGGCAGGGCCGGACAGCACCCGCCUCCACCUCGGGCUUCCGGCGCCCGGGCCAAGAAGAGCCACUCGCUGGACUCCUUGCAGAAGAGGCGGGAAGGCCUCUCCGCCAAGACCUCCUCCGACUCUGGGGCCUCCUCGUCCUACAGUGGGGACAGUUGGAAAGACAAGUGGCCCAAAGGAACGGAGCCACCCAGGACUAAGACCGUGGCCACCAUGACCUCCCUGGUGGGCCGCAGCUUUAGCCUGGGUGACUUGUGCCACUCCCCACAGACCACCCAGAAGGUGGAGCGUAUCCUGACCGAGGUCAAGCGCCGGGGAGGCCUGCGGGAGGUUCCCGAGAGGGACCGCAAGAUCGCGGCUCUGAUGAUUGCCAAGCGUCAGGAGGAGAGCCUCCUCAACGCCCAACGUUACAGCGCCCACCUGCAGUGGGACAGCCAGAGGCGGCGGGCCGAGCAGAGGAGGGAGCAAGAGGAGCGGGAGAAGCACCGAGCCCUGGUCCAAGGUCAACGCAUGUGGGAGUCCCGGCUGGAGAAGCACCGGCGCCGGCGGAGCUCCGAGCAGGAGGAGGCCGCCUUGCAGAAGCAGCGGCAGAGCUUGAUGAUGGAGGAGAAGUGGCAGGCACACCUGGAGCGGCAGGAGAGGCUGAGGAAGGCCAAGCUGGAGAAGGCCGCCCAGGAGGACAAGCGGAAGAAGCGCCACCAGGAGCACAACCUCAAAGCGCAGGAAGAAGGCAAGAAGGAGGCAGUAGAGCGAGAGGUCCAGCUCCUGCAGGACAAGUUGGCCCUGGCUGCCCAGAAGAAGCUUCGGAAGGAGCAGCUGCUGCAGAAGGAGAAGCAGAUGCUCAACCAGGCCGAGAAGCGGAAGCACGAGACCAUCCUCAAGGGGCUAGCAAAGCAACAAGUGGAAGAGAAGGCCAUGCUGCGGGCUUCCGUGGAAGGGAGCCUGAACAAGGCUCAGGAGAACUAUGAGCAGCUGGUGGAGAAGAGGAACCGAGAGCUGCGGGAGAGAGCCAAGCGGGAGGAGAGGCAGAUCCAGAGGGCCAAGCUGGCUGCUGAGAAGAGGGAGAAGGAGCAGAAGGAGCACCUGAAGGCCAUGGCCAAAGUCUCCGAGAGGAAGCUCCAGCAUGCGGCCCAAGUCGCUGAGGAAGUUGUCCAGCAGAAAGCCCGGAAGGUGGUCCAGAGCCGGCUGGAGAAGGAGAAGGUGCAGAAAGUCAACAAGAAGAAAGUUGAGCAGUGCGAAGAUAUCCGACGCAGGGAGCUCCUCCUCUCAAUUGAGAAGAAGCUAGAAAGGAGUGAACAGAUCUGUAAGGAGAAGAAGAACGUUUUGGAAAAUGCCCGGUCUGUUGCUCGGGCAUCGUUCCAUGUUCGGGAAAGGGUCCGGGAAGAGAUGAACAUCCGUACGUUUGACAAGAUGGCCUUUGAAGCAGAAAUGCAGGCCACGCUGGUUAAAAAAUAGAUGCUUUUCCUCCUCCUUUCUGAAUAAGUGGAGAUAUAUCUUCCGAUGGCCAUUGUCAAAAGUUCAGACAUUUAAAAAACCUUUAUGUAUUAUUUUAAAGAGCACACAAACUAUGGCAGCUACGUCACAGACCUUUACUCUCUCCUUUUGUUAUACAUAUGCAAAAUCUGUUUCAGGUGUAUCUCAUCCUUUGUUGAACAAAAAUAGUAUACAAUUAACAAAACAGGGACAUACCAUUUUUAUAUAGCCGAAUGCUAUGCUAAUAACUUCCCUGAAAGCUAAAGGUUAUUGCAAUUUCCCUCAAAUAGUGAAAUAGCAGCUACUUUAAUUGUAACACAUUGAAGACUUAAUUUGAAGACAUUCACAUUAGAAGUGGGCUGCUUGCUGGAACUUGUACAGAGUGGCCCAGAAGUCACGAAGGGGUCCUAUAUAUACUGUAUAUGACUUAUAGUAUUGGAUGCCAUUUAUGAGAUAUGAUUUUUCACACCUAAUGUAAAUUUAUUUCCUAUAUAUAUAUAUUGUAUAUGAUGCGAUGGUAUUGUAAAUUAAAAGCAAAAAAUAAAGGAGUUAUUAAAUAUUGAAACCCCUUUGUGACUUUUCGCCCAUCCUGUACUUUGCACUAUGUAUCCUUACUUAGGAAGAUUUUAUUUUUUAGUGUUUGGUCCAUACAGUGCACUUAAAUCCAUGCUAUUGGAAACAUUGGGGCUUGUAAUAUAAUUUUGAAAACAAAAUGGAAAUAGACAUCUGAUUAGUCCUGAUCCAUGAGACAAAAACAAUGUUCAGGCAUUUUUGUUCAAAUAAAAUGACAAACACUUCAAA